AUGCCUUUCAAAUCAACGCUGAACGCCUUGAAAGGGCAACUGAAAGAUCUUCAGAAUGAAGGCCAGAAAUUCCUUGGAGGCUCCCAGAGUUCCCAGUCCCAUGCCCAACCACAACCGCAAUAUCAUCAGGCACAACCUCAAUAUAAUCACCCUCCGCCUCCGCCACCUCAGCAUGCGGCCGCGUUCGCACAAGGUAAUUUUGCCGGUGGUCCUCCGGGACAGAGCGUCUACUGGUCGGCUCGAUUUGAUCCUAACACUCCAAUUAGCCAGGAGUGGGAGGAGAAAUUGGGCAACAAUAACGGCUGGGGCAAUAAUGAGUUGCAGCAUUAUACAAAUGACCGCGCCAACUCUUUCUUCACAGGAAAUAAUCUUCUAGUCCUCCGCGCCCUUGCUUCUCCCUCCAAUCCCGAUCCUGCGCGAAAGUACACCUCGGCACGGCUCGUUUCCCGUCAACGCUUGUCCCGCCCGAGAGGCAGCCUCGUGGCAACCCUUACCUUGCCCUGUGCGCCUGGCAUCUGGCCGGCCUUCUGGCUGCUGCCUUUCGAACCCUUCACUUGGCCACACGAAGGCGAGGUCGACAUUGCUGAGACCUGGAACGGUGACGGGAUCAACCAUUCAUGUCUCCAUUGGGGCUUCUACACACCUGAAGACAACUGGAAGCAUCGGGUGGUAGGCACUUUCGUCCCUGGUAUGCAGCAGGGACGCCCUGUGAGGUACGAAUUUGCGUGGAAUCAAGAUGAGGGAUCAGGCCAAGGAAGAAUGGUCUGGUAUAUCGACGGACGCCCAGUCAUGAAGGCUCCCAUUCCUCAAGGGACAAGAAAAAUGGCAGAUUUUGUAAUCCUAUUGAACAUCGCUAUGGGCGGAAAUGUAACUCAAGGCCAGACUCCUCGUGAUGGUACCUAUGAUUUUGUUGUCCAUGAAUUGAAGAUGUUGGAUGCACCGGAUGCUGGCGGCUGGGCCAAGUUUGAUCAGGACUUCAAUGUCACGCGAGAAGGAGAUACCAUUUGA